AUAUUACUUUUAUGAAGCAUUUUGGUCACUAGAUUAAUGAAGCUUGUUAGCGCUUAGCUUGUAAACGUUAAUAGAUAAACAAACAGCUACACGUAGCACAGUGAUGCCAUUUACAGACAGACCAACUGGACCUGAACCCGAGCUCCUGUCAGUGAACUACACUUAACUUUACAUUCAGAUAUAUCCUACAGCAUUAGGGGACUUUUUGCACCUCGCACUGUAGCAAUUUAAUAGCUACUAAAAUAGCUAGCUUGUAAGCUGUAUCGCUAGCUUUCAGCAGAUGAGGAAGCAGGGCUCAUUUUACCACUGGAACUUUAAAGGGUUUCACACAUAACUGCAAAAUUAGAAAUGGAGAAUAAACUGUUAAUGCAGCCAACUCUCAGAGUGUGUUUCAACGUACAGGACAGCUCUAUUUCACACUAGUUCACUGUUAACCCUGCAAUGCUUCUAGCCACAGCUGACACUUAGCUAGCUCGCUGGAACUUAACCCACUGCCAUAGUCGCAUUUAAAGUCCACGUGAGUCAAGAUGUUUUUUGCCAUCUGUGAGUCCCUGGUUGGUGUUGACUUACACUGGCUUACACAGUGAAUCUAAGCUUACAGCUGGGAAGACCAGGGAUAACAUUUCUGAGUCUCCAUUUUGUUGGAAAUCAGUAGUCCGAUGGAGUGGGUGUUCAUCAUGAACCGGAUGAGCUCUCAGAGUAGCUCUGCAGCCCAGCGGAGGCGAAUGGCGCUGGGGGUGGUGAUACUUCUGCUGGUGGAUGUCAUCUGGGUAGCAUCCUCUGAGCUAACCUCAUACAUUUUCAAGCGGCAGGAGUACAACAAACCCUUCUUCAGCACAUUCACUAAGACUUCUAUGUUUGUGCUGUAUUUGUUGGGUUUCCUGCUGUGGCGGCCCUGGAGGCAGCAGUGCACUGGCACUCUGAAACGCCGGCACUCUGCAUUUUUUGCUGAUGCUGAGGCCUACUUUGCACCUUGCACCACUGACACAACUGUGAACAACUGUUUGAGUGAACCUUUGUAUGUGCCAGUGAAGUUCCAGGACAUACCAACAGAACACUCAAAUGGUUUAAUUGGAGACUGUGAAUCUACUUCCAAAAAGCAGCGGGUGCGUUUUAGUAAUAUCAUGGAGGUGCGCCAGCUGCCCUCUACGCAAGCAUUAGAGGCCAAGCUGUCCCGCAUGUCCUACCCUGCUGCCAAGGACCACGAGGCCAUGUUACGGACGGUGGGAAAGCUAACCAUCACUGAUGUGGCCAAAAUCAGCUUUUUUUUCUGCUUUGUGUGGUUCCUGGCUAACCUGUCCUACCAGGAAGCUCUGUCAGACACACAGGUGGCCAUUGUCAACAUUCUGUCAUCCACUUCAGGCCUGUUCACGCUCAUCUUAGCAGGCAUAUUUCCCAGUAACAGCAGCGACCGCUUUACCCUGUCCAAACUGUUGGCUGUGGCUCUGAGUAUGGGAGGUGUUGCCCUCGUGAGUCUCUCCAGCAUGGACAGCCCUGAUGAGAAAGGUGUCAUAGGUUCUCUGUGGUCACUGGCUGGGGCGGUGCUGUACGCUAUCUACAUUGUAAUGAUUAAGAGGCGGGUGGAUCGGGAGGAUAAGCUUGACAUUCCAAUGUUCUUUGGGUUUGUGGGUCUGUUUAACCUGCUGCUGCUGUGGCCAGGCUUCCUCUUGCUCCACUACACAGGCUUUGAGGCCUUUGAGCUUCCCAGCCAACUCGUGUGGACGUAUAUCCUCAUAAAUGGCCUAAUCGGAACUGUUCUCUCAGAGUUUCUCUGGCUCUGGGGCUGUUUCCUCACAUCAUCUCUUAUCGGGACGCUGGCAUUGAGCCUCACCAUUCCUCUCUCUAUUAUGGCAGAUAUUUGCAUGCAGAAGGUACGUUUCUCUUGGUUAUUUUUUGCCGGGGCAAUCCCCGUCUUCCUCUCCUUCUUCAUUGCCACGCUCUUAUGCCACUACAACAACUGGGACCCAGUCCUGGUGGGGCUGAGGAGAGUUUACGCCUUCAUCUGUAGGAAACAUCGCAUUCAAAGACUGCCAGAAGACAGCGAGCAGUGUGAAAGCCUUAUUCCCCUCCACACCGUCUCCCCCAGUGAAGGAAGCUUCUGUUCGUGAUCCAGCAGUCCAACAAAAUGUGGCCAAUGUGGAUCUCACUGAGCUGACAAUCUGGAAGCUUUCAGAGACGUUGAACUCGCCCCAGUGCCUCCUAUUAAAUCUAUUUAUUUUCUACAGUGUUGAGAUGACCCAUCCAUUUCUACAACCUCAUUUUUAUUUUCACAUUUCAGUCAGCAUAGACUAAGAGUCUGUUUUACUCUUCUUCUUUUUUUUCUCUCUUUCUGUGUAUAAAGAAACAUUAUGGUACUCAAGGUGCUGGACAUUAUUAGUGAUUACUAUAGGGUCAUGUGACCAAAUGGAUCGGUACAUGUUGAACUCAGUCCGAACGCUAACAGAGGAGGAGUAGUUGUGUGUUAUUUUUAAAGAGCUGAACCAAAAGGGAGGACUUCCACUGUUUUCAGAGGACACUGUGACUGUUGUCCACUGGCCUUCCAAAGCCUUGCUGCUUGUUUGUUAAGUCUGUCAAACGCUUAUAGUGCAUAAAAAGUUUUGCUUUUGAAAGAGUAGAUCUGCUCUUAUUCAUUUAUUAUGCCCUGACACAUUUCUUAUAAGUCAAUCUAUGUAUCUGCAAUAUUUUUAUGAGCAGUAAUUGGGCCAAAUCAGAAAUGUAGUACAGUCAUGAUUUCAUGCUAGCCAGCCUCAGAGAGGGACAUCUGUGCGUCUUGUGAAAUACUUUGCAUUUCUUUUCGAACGCUUUCCUGAUAAGAUUUGACAUUUUAGCAUCUCGACUGAAAAUCUCUCCCUUUUGUUCCAACUGGGUUUUGUUUUGAUUUACUGUUAGCAAGUAUGCUGACUUGAAAAAUGAAGUAACACUACAGCUAAAGGCAGCAAGAAAGCACCGCAUCGUCCAUGUCAGCCGCUUUCUUGCUUCCUCCUGCUCCUCUGGUGGUGCUGCAUCCUGAAGACAAACUGUGACAGAGACAUUAACGUUGUGUUUGAACAUGAGCAGGAUAGUAAGCCUUCUGCUAUAAGCUAUAAAAUGCCUUGCUGCAAUAACGGUCGUCUGCUUGAACGAGCAGUUUCCUCUUCAAAAUGGGUGUAAAUACUGUACACAGUGAAACAUGAACAUAGUAUUGAUGUUUUAUUUGUGAAAUUGAAGUGACCACUACAGAUUUAUCUUGAGACUAUGUAUCAGAUAAUAUUUUAUGUAUCAUUGUAAAUGAUUACUGCUGGAGGAAGAGUUUGCACCACAGCCAAAUUCUCUUUUUCUUGCAUUUGAGAUUAUAUUGCACCAACUGGACUGUAUGUUUUUCCCUUAAGCAAAGUGAUUUUUUUUUUCUUCUGUGCUUGUGAUUUCAUGUGAAGAAGCCUUUCAUUAAGCAGCCUCAGUGUCGGUCGUGUAAUCCAGUAUGUAAACCCUACAGUCGAAGGUGAAAUGUCACUCCACUCAUCCUGUUAAGUGUCAGAUGUGUAUACAUUUUUAUGGAGUGUUUUUAUUGCACUCAUCAUUGGCAGGGAGUAUGAAGUGGAAGAAGUAAUAGCCGGCCAGUGAGGGUAAAUCAACAAGUUCAGCACUUUAAGUGACAGGUAUAAAAUUGUUUCGUUUGUGUUCAUCGUUGCACUUGCUGUGUCUUUGCCAAUCACCUUCUGUCACGAUUGCAGGUAUGAAAGCUUUUCAAGGAUGAUUAGUUUGGAAGAGGUAAUGUUGUCCAUGUUGUGAAAGAACAUUCGUCUUUCUCUUCUUUUAUCGACGGUGCUUGUGGAAUCAUUGAUAUGAUUAUUUUUCUUUCUCAGGUUCUUUGUCUUGUUUUCAUUCACUGAGCAUUUCUUUGUCUUUUAAGUGUCAUUAAUGAAGAUGUUAUACAAUCUACAAGAAGGCCACAAAAGCCUAAUAGUGACUUCCCUUUUUCAACCUAAUCUCUUGAAUAAUUCUCUUACUUUGCAAGUCUGUUUUCUUACUUCGGUGCACAAUUAAAACAUAUCUUUUUAAA